AUGCCUCCUUCCCGAUCCAAGACUCGGCAGAAGAAGGCUGGAAAAGAGCAGGUUUGUGACAAAAACUCUGCAGGAGACUCAAAGAUCCACCGUGGGAAGUGGAGGGAAGAUCAGAGCAGAGGCCAAGUGAAGGCCAAAGAGUCACUGCCUGGACAAGGUGAAGAGCCCUUAAAAAUCCAGAGGCUGGGGAGGCCUCAGGAAAGCAAAGAAAAUGACCACAAGAAGUUAUUCCAAAAAAAAAGAGCCUGCAAGAGAAAUGAUAAAAGCGAAUCCAGUUUGGGGAGAAAAUGUGGCGUGUCCAGGUUGGAGGGGAGAAAAGGAAAGGCUUUCAAGCAAAGGGAAAUGACAUCAGGGCAGGAGACUGAGGACAGCAGUGACAAGGAGGGAAAAGCCAUCACAAACAGAAAGAAACGGAGUUUUAAAAAGAGGUGUGGAAAGAGACUUGGUGAGACAGGCUCUGAGCUGGGGGCUGUAAAGGCUAUCACAGAACAAGGUGCUAAAGGCUCUUUUCAGAAACAGAACUUGGCAGAAAAGGCACAGAACCCCAGGGGAAGGCACAGAGGGAAUUGGGACUUCAAGGAGGCUUCUGAGCAGAAAUCAGGUUCUCAAUCCCAAGGCAGUACAGCACAGGAAAAAGGUGAGAGGACUGGGAAAAAGCAAGUUGAAAAUCUUACCAGGAUUGUCAUUACUGAAAGUGAGGAUGAAAAUAUUCUGGAAACCUCAGGUAACUCCUGCUCUGACUCCAGCAGUGAAGGCCAUGGAACCCACAGAACAGCUACAAAGGAGACUGUGGUGGACAGCACUUCCUCCAGUGAAGAGAAAAGCAGCUCUUGUGAAGAGAAGAGCAGCUCUUCAGGGGAAGAUGGCAACAGUGGGAAAGAAGUUGUGCUCAAAGAUCCUCCUGUGAGUGAAGGAAAAGGCUACAAGGAACUGGCUGAUGAAAGCAAGGAAGCACCUAUUGAACCUGAAAAGGAGCAGGUGACCACAAGUGGAAAAAUUGAAUCUGAGGCCAAAGGCACUGAAUUUGCAGAAUUGGAAGCAGAGGAGAGGAUGAGGAAGCCAGACAAGAUGCUGAGACAACCGGAAUGUGCUCCAGCUGAGAGCAGUGAGGCAGAUGGUCAGUUAAGCAUUUCAGGACUCCCAGUUAAGAGUGUUAAGGACAGGAAAAAUAUUGAAGCAGACAAGGAAAAUAUACUAGAAAAUGACAGAGAUAUGUCAAAAGAUGGACCAGUGAAUUCUGACAGCAGUGGGGAGAGCAACCCUGUAGAGAAUAUUGAUGAAGUAAAAGAAAACAAACCAGAACCGCUCCCAACUGCUGUGAAAGCAAAACUCCACAUUCACCUUAGCAGAUAUGAACAGGAAAAGAAGGUGAGUGAUGAAGGCACACAGGUGAAAAAUGGAUCUUUCCUCUCCAAGGAGCAGAAGACAUUGAAGGAGAAAGCUGGGAAAUGCAAGAUCCCAGAACAAGGUGAAGAGGCUGGACAUAGACAGAGGGACAGUUCAGGCUGCAGCAGGCAGGACCUACCAGCUCUGAUGCUUACAAAGAAAUGUCCUCAAUCCCAAAUCCCCCUCAGUCUGGAAAACCAGCAUAAAAACACUGAGAUCAAACUGUCACCAAACCAGAAACCAAAUCCUGCCCAGAUGGCUUUGGGAACCAGCUCAGACCUGAACAAUGUUGCAAACAUCUGUUCAAAACCCAUAACUCUAGAAACUCCCAGUAAACAGAAAGAACCCAACAUAGCUCAGAGUUUUGGAGAGAAAAGAUUAAAUACUUCAAGCUGCUCCACAAUUACAAAAGAAUUGUCUGAUAAGCAGCUCUUUGGAAAGAAGAAGAAAGUUGGAAAAGUUAUUGGAAAAGUUAAACAGAGUUCAGGCCAGUCUACAAAGGCAAAAAAAGAGAAAGCAGAAGAAGUGGUUGCAGAGGCACCUUCUGAAACAGAACCUGGGUAUGGUGGGGAAGGAUCCAAGCACUUGCACGCCCGUUCUGCUUUUAGAAAAGUCACCAGCUGGCUUGGCCAAAAACCUGCCAAGAAAGCAAGGCUGAAAGCUCGAUUGCUGAGUGUGGCACGUGCAAUUGGUAUCUCCAGAUGGCUCUUGAAGAAAUUUGGAAAGAAGAAGAAGAAGAGCAGCAAACCUUUUGGAUUCAGAAGUAGAAUGACAAUCCGGAUUCUGAGCACUGCUGGGUGGGCUGGUCGGUCUGGCAAAGCCUUCCCUGGUGCAGCUGAACAGCUGGAGAGGGCUGAGCUGAGGGAUAAAGAAUCUUCUGCUGCAUUAGUGGAGGGGAAAGGUGGUCCUAAAAUUAUAGAGGAAGUGGGACACACUGAUUUGGCUCCUGGUGAUUCCCCUGCUCAUGGAACCGGUUCCUUUCCAUGCUCAGAUGAGAAGAACAGUGCUACUGAUGCCAAGUUUGCUGUAGUGUUCCCCAGAGUCCACAGCUUGGUUAAGGCUAAGAACUCCUUGUCCAGGGGCUCUGGCAGUGGUUAUUCCUUACAGAAAAUGAAAUCUCCAUCAGAGAGAAGAUCUGUCACUCCUGCACAACGGAGUCACAGAUUCAAAUGUGACCUUCCCAGAUCUCUGAUGGAUCCAAGCCAGCAAAACAGUGAGCAGGGCUUCCUCCCACGUCGAGAAGAGGGGCCACUUCAUACAUCAGAUUACUGCAGUGAGGUGGAUACCAAGGAGGGUUCAGGUGACCUCCAGACUGCAGGAGCCAUGGUCACUCCUGGUGUGCACUGGUCCCAGCAGCAGGGAUGUGACCCUGCAGCGUGGCUGAACUCUGAGCUGCUGCCACAGCCAACCAUCGAGAACCUGAGCAAAUGGGCCAUCUCCAAGGAGCCCCAGCUGACCAGCAGCCGUGUGAGGGUCUGCAAGGACCAGUGGGAGGCAGAAGAUGUUGCUGACAACAUGCUGGAGAUGGAGUUCAUGCAGGAACAGGUGUACAUGUGUGAAGAACACUGUGCAGAAGUUGAGGAGAUUGAAGAUCUAACCAGGCUGGAGGAAGUCUGUGAGAGCUCAGUCCUGCUGUGCCUGAAGAAGAGGUUCCAUCACAAUCUCAUUUAUACUUACAUUGGGCAAAUUUUGAUUUCUGUGAAUCCUUUCAAAGACCUCAGUAUCUACUCUGAAGAUGUGGCUACAGAGUACCAGCAAGGGACUCUCUCAAAAAAUGCCCCACACAUCUUUGCCAUAGCACAGAUGGCCUACACGCUGUCCCAGUCGUCAGAGCAGGAGCAGUGUGUUGUCAUCAGUGGGCACAGUGGAUCAGGGAAAACAGAAGCUGCCAAAGCCAUUGUGCAAUACCUGACCAUGCUGUACCAGGGAUCUGACAGCCACAGGAUCAGACAGCCCUGCAAUGUCCUACCCAUCCUGGAGAGUUUUGGAAAUGCAAGAACCAUCCUCAAUGACAACUCCAGCCGUUUUGGAAAGCUGCUGAACGUCCACCUGCGACAUGGCAUCGUGGUGGGAACAUCCAUCUCCCAGUACCUGCUGGAGAAGUCUCGUGUGGUGUUUCAGGCCCACGGUGAGAGGAACUACCACGUGUUUUACGAGCUGCUGGCAGGGCUGCCCAUGGAGCAGAAAGAGGAGAUGUAUUUGCAGGAGGCAGAGUCCUACUUUUACCUGAACCAGGGCAGAGCAUGUGACGUCCUGGGAAAGGAGGACAGUCAGGAUUUUCUGGUCUUGGUGCAAGCUCUGGAGGGAAUCAACCUCUCAGAUGAUCAGCUGAGCUCCACCUGGGCUGUCCUGGCUGCCAUUCUGCAGCUGGGGAACAUCUGCUUUACCUCCUAUGAGAAAGACUCCUUUGAACACGCAGCCAUUGCCAGUGACACUGAGAUUCAGAUUGUGGCCAAUCUGUUGUGUGUCUCAGCAGAACCCCUGCAGAGUGCUGUCACUCACCGUGUCACUGUUACAUCUUAUGAUCGGAUCUUCUCCCCUCUGUCUGUGGAAGGAGCCAUUGAUGCCAGGGACUCCAUUGCCAAGGCUCUGUACUACCUGCUCUUUGAGUGGCUGCUGCUGAGGAUCAAUGAGUGGUUGGCUCCCUGGGAGUCUGACUGUGCCGUGGGCAUCGUGGACAUCCAUGGCUUUGAGGAUCUGGGGGUGAACAGCUUAGAGCAGCUCUGCAUCAACUUUGCCAAUGAGCACCUCCAGUGGUUCUUCAGCCAGACUGUCAUUGCCCAGGAAGAGGAGGAAUACAGCCAGGAGCAGUUAGCUUGGAUUCCUAUUUCCAAGAUGUACAGUGAGUCCUGCCUGGAUUUCCUUACUGCAAAGCCCCACGGCAUCCUGUGCAUCCUGGAUGACCAGACAUCCCUGACCCAGGCCACAGACCACACUUUCCUCCAGAAGUGUCAUUACCACCAUGGAAACAGCCCUUGGUACACCAAGCCUAAGCUGCCUUUGCCAGAGUUCACUGUGCAGCACUACGCUGGCCCUGUCACCUACCAGGUUCACAAGUUUCUCCAUAAAAACCGUGACCAGCUGCGGCCAGAGGUGCUGGAUAUCUUCUCCCAGAGCCGCCUCAAGGUGGUGUCUCACAUUUUCCAGAGGGCUAAAGUUGCCUAUGGUCAGCAAAGGGAGUUGUGGGGCAGGGGCAAAGGGCUCAGGCCUCAGGCCUCCACACUGGUGUCCAAAUUCCAGCAGUCUUUGGAAGACCUCACAGCCAAGCUGAGAGGGAGCCAUGCCUUCUUCAUCCGGUGCAUCACCCCUAACCCCAGGAAGCUGUCAAAUAUCUUUGAUGUGGAGUAUGUCAACAGCCAGCUGCGGCAUUCCGGGAUCCUGGAGGCCAUCCACAUUCGGAAGGAGGGAUACCCAGUCCGUCUGCCAUUCCAGAGCUUCCUGGCCAGGUACGGGUUCCUGGCUGGGAGCAGGCCCAGCAGCGUGGAGCAGAGGGAAGGCUGUGCAGCAGUGCUGGCUCGUGUGGUGGGGAGCCCCUCGGAUCUCUAUCAGAUUGGAGUGACAAAGGUGUUUCUGAAGGAGAAGGCCAGGCAGCUGCUGGAGAGACGAUGGCUCCAGAGGCAGAGCUGGGCUGUUGUCACUCUGCAGAGGAAAUUCCGCCGCCUCCUCCACCGCCGGCGCCUCCGUGUCCUCCAGGAGAAAGUCACGGUCAUCCAGGCUCACUUCCGAGGGUACCAGGCAAGGUGAGGAGUCAAAGGCCAGCCAAGGGACACACAGGUGGGGAUGUCCAGGAAGCGUUACAGGAGGCUGAAGAAGACUUUGGUGCAAUUUAAAACCAUGAUUUUAAUCUCCAGACCUUUGGUUUGGAGGAGGAAGCGCUGCCAGCAGGAGUUAGAGGAAAGGAAACAAAGAAGGAGCUCCCUGGCCUGUGUUGACACAGAGAAUAGUCCCAGCCAAGGAAUGGAUGUGGGGCUGCUGGAGAUCCCUGCAGAGCUUGCAGCCCUCCUGCACUUUGUUGAAGGUCGACACCGAGCACAGGCCAACCUGAUAACUGAGACACAGCCCCCAGAAGUCAAGGUCAAGGAUAACCUUUCCCUCCCUCCCACCAUCAACAGCUAUCCUUUCUCCUCCUUCAUCAAAUCACACUUCCAGAAGACAGAUUUCCCUGGCCCUGGUCAGCCUCUGCAGCACCCCUUGACACACCUGGAUGCUGAACGCCAGGAGAGUGCACUUGAGAUAAACAAACUGAUUUUGCGGUUCGUUGGUGACAAGAAUCUCAGUGGCUGGCAGGAGGUCCUGCUGGGCAACUACAUUGCUGGGAGAGGUUUGAGUGAUGCUGCUCUGCGCAAUGAAAUCUUCAGCCAGGUGGUUGCCCAGACCUGGAGGAACCCAGACACUGAGCACAGCCAGCGAGGCUGGGUCCUGAUGGCGACUCUGCUGAGCUGCUUUGGCCCCUCACCAGCACUGGAGAAGCCACUGCUGAAGUUUGUGUCAGACUAUGGCAUGGAGGGCUACAGCGCUGUUUGCCAGCGCAAGAUGCUGACGGCAGCUCAGUGCGCAGAGACAGAGCCUGCACCCUCUCGGGCUUACCCUCCCACCCAGCUGGAGUGGACAGCAAACCAGAGGAGAGGCAAGAUGGUGCUGGAUGUUCAUACCUUUAAUGAGGAGAAGUUCUCAGCUGAGGUGGAGUCCUGGAUGACUGGGGAGCAGUAUGCAGCCUGGAUCCUGAGUGCAAGGGGCUGUGACAAGAGUACUCGAGGGUGGUCUGUCUCCAUGUUCACUGGAAACACGUGGCAGGACCUGCUGGGCUGUGACUUUGUGCUGGACCUCAUUGGAGAGAUGGAGGAGACCAGCAACUUCAGCAGCUCCUCCCAGGCCCCCACUGAGUACCCCAUCACUCCAGAAAGGGACAGGAGCAUCCUGCAGUCCUCUGACCUGGACAUGAUCCCUCCUGCUCCAGGUAUCCAGGCCCCUGCCUUCCCCCCACCCAGCCUGCCUCCAGAACUUCUUGGUGUCCAUCCAGAUUCAAGGUUUAGAGAUGACUUGAGUACCCCUGUAGGCUUGGAUCACUAUGUGGAUGAUCUCUUCAGCCCUGUGCUACAUCAGGGCUCCAGAGUAUCUGAUAUGGAGAACAGAGAGAUUCUCACCAGACGCAUGAAAGGAGGUGGCAAGAUCGGACCCACACAGAGAGGAAUCCUUCCCUCUACAGGCUUCUCUGGAAUGACUCAAACACCAGUUUACCAGCCCAUGCCCUCCAUGGUGGGGAUGCCAGCAGCCAUGCCCAUGAUGCCAGGGGCUGGUGGGGUUGCACCUAUGCCAGCCAUGGUGGUGCCCCAGCCCGUGGUUCCAGCUGUAGAUCCCAGCCAGCUGGCAGCACAGCAGCAAGCCUUUAUCAACCAGCAAGCCAUGCUCAUGGCCCAGCAGAUGACCCUUCAAGCCAUGAGCAUUUCCCAGCAGCAGCAGCAGGAGCUGCAGAAGUGGCAAAAGUCUCUUGAGAACUCAAGGCCAAGAGCCUCAAGCUCAGCAAAAGCCCCAGCCACUGUCCCAAAACCCAAGACACCUUCCAGCAGCCAGGCUGCUGCAACACCAUCAAGGUCUCCAGAGCUACCAGCUAAGGCAAAAGAGCCGGAUUACAGCUACACAGAAGAGGAGUUCUCCAGCAGUGAGGAUGAUGACUAUCCUCAGGAAACCUUCCAGCAGAAGAGAGAGUACUUCCAGAAGAUGGGAGAGCAGCACACCCGAGUAAAGAAAGUCAGACCUAGCAAAACCUGGACUCCUCCAGCAAAACCCCAGCCAAAGGAGGAGGAGAAAAGAGAGGAGCUGGAGAAGAGGAAAGAAGUGAAGCCUGUCCCUAAAGCAGAGCCAGCUCCUGCUUCCCCUCUGCCGCCUCCUAAACCAAAGCCAAAAAUGGAGACACCAAAACCAAAGAAAGAGCCACCUGUAGUGAAGUCUUCAGGGCCUGAGUCUCGUCCUGCACCCAGCCAUGAGAUCGGGAACAUCAUCAAAAUGUACCAGAGCAGACCAGCCCCUGAGCCCCAGCCCUUCCAGCCCAUCAGGAGAGUAUCCAAGCCAUUUAUAAAGAAGAAUGACCCCAAAAAUGAAGCUCUGGCCAAGUUGGGAAUGAUGAACCCCUCACCUCAGCCAUCACCAUCUCCUGUGCCACAGGAGAAGAAAACACCUCCACCUGUCAAACCCAAGCCAGGGCCAGCUUCCAGCUCUAUCAAGGAAAAGCAGUUGCCUCUCCUGUCCAUCUUCAAACCAGAGGGUGCCCCACCAGCUUCCCAGGCCCCUCGUGCUCCCCUUCUUCCCCAGCCAACACCUGAGGACCAAGGCAGGCAGGAAUCCACAGGGAAAGACUCUGCUGUGACAGUGGCAGGCGAUGAUGGGAUCAAGACCCAGCUGUACAGUCUCACUGCCAGUGUCAGCUUUUCCUAUGUUGACCCUGCCUGGAAAAUUUUUCUGCGCAAAGAGGUGUUUUACCCCAAAGAAAAUUUCAGCCACCCUUAUUGUCUGAACUUGCUGUGUGAACAGAUCAUCCGUGACACCUUCUCUGAGUCCAGCUUUCGGAUCUCCAGGGAGGAGAAGCGCAAGAUGAAAGACCUGCUGACGGAGUUCCGAGUUGGCAACAAUGCCCAGUCCAUUCAGGAGGACGGGAUAAAGAAGAGGAUUGUAGUGGCUGCUCGGGACAACUGGGCCAACUAUUUCUCCCGCCUUUUCCCAGUUCAGGGUGAAAAGGGAAGUGAUGUGCAGAUCCUGGGUGUUUCUCACCGGGGCAUGAGGCUGCUGAAGGUGGAGAAAGCAGCUGGAUACCAUCCUGAGCACCUCAAGAUCCUACGCAGCUAUGGCUUUGCAGAUGUGCUGUCAGUGGAGGUGAAAGGCAGCCAUUCCCUGGAGUUCUCCCUGAAGACAGAGCAGCUCAUCCUGCACUCUCUGAAGGCUCCGUGCAUCAAGGCCAUGGUGGAACUCUUCAUGCAGGAGCUGAGGCAGGACACCAACUAUGUUGUGGCUCUGCGCAGCUACAUCGUGGAUGACAAGAGCCUGCUCAGCUUCAAGAAGGGCGACCUCAUUGAGCUGCUGCCCAUGCAGGGCGUGGAGCCAGGGUGGCAGUUCGGCUCCACCAGUGGCCGCUGUGGUCUCUUCCCCACCAGCCUGGUGCAGCUGGCUCCUGCCCCUGACUACCUCAGCACCAGCAUGGACAGACGGGGAGAGCAGCGGAAGGGCACGAAAGCUUCCCCAGAGAGCAGGAACACCAGCAGGGAGAGUUCUGUCCUCAGCCUGACACCAGAAGCCACCAGCAGCAUGUUAGUCACUGCUGGUGACCAUUACACCAUGACUGACUUCGCCAUCGCCUACUUCCGAGAGGCCCAGUCCCUGCAGGGCCUGAAGGGGACAUCUGCUGAGAAGAGUGUUGCUGACCUGGUGCGACACACCAAGGUCCCAAUCCAGGCAUCUUUGCUCCAGUACUCUGACAGUGAGCUGAACGAGCUGGCUACAAAGAACUUCCAGACGCUGAUGCAGUUCAUGGGAGAUCAGCCAAAACACAAGCACCAGGCUGAGGUCCAAUGCAUCUAUGAAAUCCUUCAGCGGUGCAAGGAAAAGGAGAACUUACACGAUGAGAUCUACUGCCAGGUCAUCAAACAGGUCACCCACAACCCUCAGCAGGAGAGCGAGCUGCGGGGCUGGUUGCUCCUAAACCUGCUCACUGGGUACUUCCUGCCUUCCAAAAUCCUGAUGCCCUAUGCCACCAAGUUCCUGCAGCUGGCCAGCAGUGAUCCAUCCAGCACCCACCAUGAUAUAGCCAAGAUCUGCCAGAGCAACCUGCGCAAAAACUUCCUGUACGGGGGCCGUCGGCACCUCCCUUUCCCUGUGGAGAUGGAGGCUCUGCUGAAGGGACACGGUGCCCGCCGGCUGGUGGUGCUGAUGCCUGGAGGCAUGGAGUACCUCACCAGGAUCAGGACAUUCACUGUGGCCAAGGAGCUCUUGCAGGAGAUCUGUGAGCAGAUGGGAAUAGGUGAACAGCAAGAGAUACAGGACUUUGUUCUCUUUGCUAUCAGGAGUGACGACAAAAAUCUUGGUAAAAUGGUGAGGCCAAUAAAAUUGGAGGAGUAUCUGCAUGAUUACCUGCUGGAGGACAAGCUGGUCACUGUCACCUUGCGCAGGCUCAUCUGGAGGACACCUCUGCACUUUGACAACCAGAUUUACACAGAUGUCCAUUAUGGACAGGUGCUGUGGGAUUACCUGAAUGGGAGGAUCCUGCUGAGCCGGAGUAAAGAAAUGGAGAUGCAGGUGGGCCUUUUGGCAAUGCUCCAGCACUGGGCCAAAAUGGAGCAGCAGAACUCUGCUCCCUCCAGGGAAGAACUGAAGGAAUACAUUCCAAAGACCCUGCAGCCCUCCAUCAGCCUCAAGGCUCUGCACAACCACGUGGCCACACUGCUGAGAACAAGGCAGCCCCUCCAGCCACUGGAUGCAAAAAUCCAGUUCAUAGAGCACGUGAUGAAAUUGCCUUUCUUUGGCUACACCAUCUUCAUAGUGGAGAGAAUCAGUGAUAACAUGGUCCCUGUGCCCUGUUUCUUUGGUGUGAACAAGGAGGAGAUCAUUUUGGUGGAUGGCACCACCCAGGUGGUGUCCCAGGUCAUCCCUCUGAAGGAGCUGCAGAAGAUGCGCACCCUGAGGCCCAUCUCUGAUGGGGGCCUUCCCGGCCUGGAGCUCAGCUAUGGCUCCCCUAGCAGCCCCAGGGCCAUGUGGGUGGAACUGUCACAGGCCAAAGAACUGUACCACACAAUUGUGGCCAUCCUGGAUAAAAUAGAGUUGCACUGCUAG